ACGUGUCCAUGUUGACAGAGGGCAGAGACCAGCUGAGAGUAGAACGAGAGACGCCGAGAGCUGAAUUACCCAAAGUCGUUAAACUGAAGAAACGCAACAUUUAAAAAUGCCACUCUUUGUAGACCUGUUGCAUCCGCCAUUUGAAAGAGAGAGGCAGAAGCACAAGAAGAAGCGUCUGGUGCAAAGCCCAAAUUCCUACUUCAUGGAUGUUAAGUGUCCUGGCUGCUACAGGAUCACCACAGUGUUCAGUCACUCGCAGACAGUGGUACCUUGUCCUGGCUGCUCUUAUGUGCUGUGCCAGCCUACUGGAGGGAAAUGCCACUUAACGGAAGGUUGCUCAUUCAGAAGAAAACAGCAUUGAUUGAGUCUCUUGAAGCAGCAGAAUCCUUGAAUUGGGUUUAAGGGACACACUUGUACUCUAAUCAGGAAAAUGACAGGCAGUUCUAUUUUCUCACAUCCUCCUAGCAGUAGAGAUGUUCCUGGGGUUGGAGAUCCCCUUCAGACAAAUUUUUUAAAAUGUUCCUACAUUGUCUUAAAGAGGAGGCUGAACUAAUUCAUUAUAUUGUGGAAAAGCCAAUCAGACACAAGAGUCAAUAGAAAUGAAGCUUCAUGUUCCUCCCGAGUGUUCAAAUUUAAACACAGUGGAAAACCAUCCAGCAAAAUAUUAUUAAUUUACUCCAUUUUUUAAAAAAAAACAAGAAAAGCUGUUUGACAAAUGUCUCUCGGCAUCAGGCGACUGUGUUCCCCCCAAUGGAAGUACUAAAUCGAAACAGUCGGAGAAUGAGAUGUCAUUCAUUGGUUUUGCUCAUUAGCUUUUUCAUUUAUUUUAUUUACCAGUUGACCUUUUCUGCCUGUAAUAAAGAUCAGUAUAUUAACA